UCCAGUUUGUUGUUGUUUCUGCUCAAAAGUCGGAUUUAUUUUCUCAUUAAGUUUCUUUUUAUUUCAUUAUAAUGUAAAAAAUAAGAGUCACUUUUAUGAAUGCAUGGUAAUAACAACAACGUGCUCAGUUAGCCUCAGUUAGCUCCAGUAGCUCCAGUUAGCUCUUGUUAGCUCCUCGGCUACCUCCGGAGCUCCAGCAGCAGCAGCCUCUCUCUCCCCGGCAGCAGCCUCUCUCUCCCCGGCAGAAUGAGCCUCUCCCCCGGCCUCUACUCGCAGCUCUCCGCGGUGAUGGAGGCUGUGGUUCUCUCCGCGGUGGCCGGCCUACAGAAGCUGGUUUCGGGAGGACCAGAGCUGCUGAUCCGCCUGGAGCUCCAUGCCGGGCAGGAGGCUCCAGACCCGGACUCAGCGAGGGACCAGAGCCGGGAGAAGAUGGUGCAGUUUGCCUCUCUGAUGGAGACCCUGGGGAGCGAGGCUUUGGGGAAGAUCUUGAACAUCGUGGAGGAGGCGGAGCUUCAAGGAGAGGAGAACAGAUCUGAGACCAGUUUCAUCCACAUCCUGAACCACGUGGAGAACGAACACUCGUACGGAGCCCGACUGCAGAGCAACGACUUCAACACUCAGAAGCAGCAGGAGGCGUUUGAGGGCCAGUCUCAGGGUCCGUUUGUUCCAGCGCUGACGCUGAAAGACGAUCGAGGCAUCGUGGACCUGGAGGUCAUCGCUGAGAGAGCUCAGCAGCUGAUCCACAGGGAGGAGGAAGUGUCUCAGAGCAGCCUGAAGUCUCAGCAGCUGAUCCACAGGGAGGAGGAAGUGUCUCAGAGCAGCCUGAAGUCUCAGCAGCUGAUCCACAGGGAGGAGGAAGUGUCUCAGAGCAGCCUGAAGUCUCAGCAGCUGAUCCACAGCAGAGAGAAACCCUUCAGCUGCAGCGUCUGUGGGAAAACCUUCAACAGGCAGACGCAGCUGAAUACGCACAGCAUCGUGCACACGGGCGAGAAGCCGCACACCUGCCAGGUGUGCUUACGGACCUUCAACAUGCUUCAGAACCUUCGGCGCCACAUGCAGACUCACGUGGAUCGGAAGCUCUUCGAGUGCUCUCUUUGUGGGAACGGCUUCACGCGGGCGUCGACUCUCAGAACCCACCAGCUGAUCCAGCCGGGCUGA